UUAUCAACGAUGCCGUUGUUCUUCUCCCGAGUCAUUUUCUCUCCACACCCUUUCCUUUCUCUCUCUCUUACUCCUUUUCAUUUUGGCUUUCCUUUUUUGUCUCCUCGAAAUUUAGGCAAAUCUAUACAUACGAUUCGAUACCCAUGUCUUCUUCGAGCGUCAACCACCUCUCUCAGCCUUGCAUUUAUGGGCAUUUUUUUUCUUCGCACGCAGAGAGGAAGUCUCGGUUCAUGAAAUGGCUGAGUAAGAUUUUCAAGGGUGGGUCGAGUAGAGGGGUAACAACAGGUGGACAACAACCUCAGUUUCUGGGGGAUGAAAAUAUGGUUUGGCGUGCUCCAGCUAGAUCAUUGGAUGAUCGUUCUAGAGCUCAGAAAGAGAGAGAGGAGGUAGACCGUGCAAUUGCACUUUCUCUGGCUGAAGAUUUGAAGAGACCAGAUGGAUGCAGAUGGCGAACGGACAAUGAUGAAGAUCGUGCAAGGUCACAUCAUGAUAACCCUAAUAGACCGGAUUACCCUCCUUAUGCCCCCACAGAAUAUUAUCCCAGAGGAUACAGAAUAUGUGGUGGCUGCAAUCGUGACAUUGGAUAUGGCAAUUAUUUGGGAUGCAUGGGAACCUUUUUCCAUCCGGAGUGCUUUUGUUGUACAGCGUGUGGUUUCCCAAUCACUGAGCAUGAGUUUUCUUUGUUAGAGAGGAAUGCAUACCAUAAGUCCUGCUUCCAAGAAUUGACCCAUCCCAAAUGUGAAGUUUGCCACCAAUUUAUCCCAACAAAUGCAGCUGGUUUGAUCGAGUAUAGGUGCCACCCAUUCUGGUCCCAGAAAUAUUGUCCUUCACAUGAGCAUGAUAGCACAGCCCGGUGCUGUAGUUGUGAACGUUUGGAGUCUUGGAAUACAAGAUACAUAUCUUUGGAAGAAGGACGGAGCUUAUGCCUAGAGUGCAUGGAAUCUGCUAUUAUGGAUACUGGUGACUGCCAACCGCUUUACCAUGCCAUUAGAGACUACUAUGAAGGAAUGAACAUGAGACUGGAUCAGCAAAUUCCCAUGCUUCUUGUGGAAAGACAAGCUCUUAAUGAAGCUAUAGUAGGGGAGAAAAAUGGCUUCCAUCACAUGCCUGAAACAAGAGGCUUAUGCCUGUCUGAAGAGCAGACUGUUAGCAGUAUACUUAAAAGGCCAAGAAUUGGGGGCCAACGACUUGUAGGAAUGAGAACACAACCACAGAAGCUAACUCGAAAAUGUGAAGUUACGGCCAUUCUUGUUCUGUAUGGCCUCCCAAGAUUACUCACUGGCGCCAUUCUUGCUCACGAGUUAAUGCAUGGCUGGUUACGUCUAAACGGUUAUCGUAAUCUUAAUCCUGUGGUAGAGGAAGGUAUCUGCCAAAUACUCUCACACAUGUGGCUUGAGUCAGAGGUCUUGCCGGAAUUCAGAAACAUGCCAUCUACAUCAGCAGCUUUGACGUCGUCGUCGUCAUCAUCAUCGACAUCUAAGAAAGGUGGGAAAUCAGCCGUUGAGAAUAAACUUGGCGAGUUUUUCAUUCACCAGAUCGUGCAUGAUACUUCACCAGCAUAUGGAGGAGGAUUUAGAGCUGCUAAUGAAGCUGUAAACAAAUCAUUGAGUAGCAGCUCAUGAGGAUGGAGUUGAUCAUGGAAAGCUUUGAUUAGCUGCCCCUAUUUUUUAUGGGGGUGCUCGAGUCUUGAGGAUACAUGUGCAAAAAAUGGCUUGAACUGUCAUAAUAAAGCAUACCUUUCAACAUAUCUGUUCAACAAGUGCAGCAGUUUAUGUGCAAUAAAAGAAGCUAGCACACUCAAAAGUGCCCGUUUGUAUGCUUUGAAACCAUUUUGCUAGAUGAUUUCCAGUUCAGAAAAUCUACAUCAUGCAAGAAAAGUUUGUGGUUGAUUUGUAUUUCGCUGGAGCGAUGACAAAUGUUCAUGGUAUAUUGUGAUUUAGUGGUGUGGGGUCAGUUGAAGGCAAACUGCAAACCUGACAUCUUGGCUUUAAUUCUCACCAGUGCUUUUUUGUUUAAUUGAUAC